AUGGCAAAUACUUGCUUACAGCUGACUGGUUUUAUGAUUAGUUUUCUUGGUUGGAUCGGACUCAUUAUCGCUACCGCUACAAAUGACUGGGUGGUCACCUGUAAAUAUGGCAUGAACACCUGCAAGAAGAUGGACGAACUGGGAGCCAAAGGCUUGUGGGCGGAUUGUGUGAUCUCAACAGCACUUUAUCACUGUAUCUCAUUGAAUCAAAUCCUCGAUUUACCAGCCUACGUUCAGACCUCGCGUGCUCUCAUGAUCACCGCAUCAAUCCUCGGUCUGCCUGCGGUGGCGCUCGUGCUGAUGUCCAUGCCGUGCAUCAACCUGGGAAAUGAGCCGGAGAGUGUCAAGAACAAAAGAUCCGUGCUGGGAGGAAUACUUAUACUCAUCAUAGCUCUGUGUGGAGUCGUAUCCACGGUGUGGUUCCCCAUUGGCGCUCACCACGAGCAGGGACUCAUGUCCUUCGGCUUCUCUCUGUACACGGGCUGGGUGGGCACUGCUUUCUGCCUGCUGGGAGGCUCCAUGAUCACCUGCUGUUCUGUUGAAUCAAGCACACCCUAUACCGACAACAACCGCUUCUACUACUCCAAACAGGCUCCCACCAACCCUGGUCCGCCCUCCAGCAAUCAUGCCAAGAGCGCGCACGUGUAA